AUGCGGAAACAAAUGAAACCAGAUAAAGAAGCGGAGUUCAGCUACACAGGGGCGACAGGGCCACAGAACUGGGGAAGCUUGGCCUCUGCUUUCGCCACCUGCUCCUCCGGCAAAUCCCAGUCUCCCAUUGACAUCGUCAAAGACGCCGCCGUUCACAACCCGACUUUGAAAGCCUUGAACCGCCUUUACUCCCCCGCUAAUGCUACCUUGGUCAACUCUGGCGCCAGGAUUGGGAUUCAUUAUGAGCGAUAUGCAGGAGCUUUGGUUAUAGACGGCAAGAACUACACCCUCAAACAAAUGCACUGGCAUUGCCCUUCUGAGCACCGCAUCGACGGUGUCCAAUACCCAGCAGAGCUUCAUUUGGUGCACAUGGCCGCCGAUGGCAGCGCGUCAGUGGUGGCCAUCCUCUUCCGCUAUGGCAAAGAAGAUCCUUUCCUCACUAAGAUAAAGGAGGGAUUAGAGGCGCUGACAAAGGAGAAGUGCGAAGGUGGGGAGGAAGCUCACAUCCCACUGGGCGAGUUAGACGCUAAGAUCCUCCGCAAGAACACUCGCAAGUACUUCAGAUACGUCGGCUCCCUCACCACCCCUCCUUGUUCCGAGAACGUCACUUGGAACAUCCUUGGCAAGAUAAGGACAAUCUCAAAAGAACAGGUGGAAGCUCUGAAGUCUCCACUGGCUUCACCAUUCCAGAGCAACUGCAGGCCUGUGCAGCCCCUCAAUGGCAGAAGCGUCCACCUCUAUGAUGAGCUCAGCCAUUAAUUACUUACAAUAUUUAUAUAUAAAAAUUAUAUAUAUAGCCAUAAUCCAUCUCUUCUAAGUUCAAGUAUUUUCAGUGUGGAGAGAAAAGUAGCUUUUAAUUCUAAGCUACUUAAUUAAAACAUAUGUAUGUUUUUUUAUUUGAUUAAUUGUGCCCACAUUUGUAUA